GCCGCUGGUGGCCGCGGCAGGAUGUGCAGAAGGAGGCGGGCUGUCACACUCUCAGCUCGGUAUGCGAGGACUCGGCUGCCGGAGUGAAUCUGUCUUUAUUCUGCCGGAGGAACGGAGGUGGCAGGCGGACAGCGAGGGGAAAUGAGUAACAGGAUGGAGGGUUCGGCGGGACCAGGCGUCGGGGCGAACGGACCCGUGGCAGCGCCCAGCAGCCCGGUGAGGUCCAGCAUGGGCCCGCCUCUGUCUCCAGAGGAGCUGGGAGACGAGCAGCAGUCGUCCCUGACAGACGUCACCCAGAUGUGGAUUAAGUUUGCCAAGACCUUCGCCCUCAUCUUCCCCAUCUACAUCUUGGGAUACUUUGAGUUCAGCUUCAGCUGGGUUCUGAUCGCCCUGGCCGCGUUGUUCUACUGGAGGAAGAACCACGGCACUCAGGACUACAGGAUAAACCGGGCCUUAGCAUUCAUGGACCAUGAGGAGAAAGUGAUGAAGCAGAGCGUGCCUACGACUGAGCUGCCACCGUGGGUUCAUUAUCCAGAUGUGGAAAGAGUAGAGUGGCUGAAUAAGACGGUGAAGCAGAUGUGGCCGUUCAUCUGCCAGUUUGUGGACAAGCUGUUCAGGGAGACCAUCGAGCCGGCGGUGAAGGGCGCCAACCCUCAUCUCAGCACCUUCUGCUUCACCAAGAUCGACAUGGGCGACAAGCCGCUGAGAGUGAACGGGGUGAAGGUUUACACAGAGAACGUGGACAAGAGGCAGGUCAUCAUGGAUCUGCAGAUCAGUUUUGUCGGGAACACAGAGAUUGACGUUGACAUCAAGAAGUUCUACUGCAGAGCCGGGAUCAAAAGUAUUCAGCUUCACGGAACGUUGAGGGUGGUGAUGGAGCCGCUGCUCGGGGACAUGCCUCUGAUCGGCGCUCUGAGCGUCUUCUUCCUCAAGAAACCACUGCUCGACAUCAAUUGGAGCGGACUCACAAACAUGCUGGACAUUCCUGGUUUAAAUGGUUUAUGUGACAACAUCAUCCAGGACAUCAUCUACGGCUUCCUGGUUCUGCCCAACUCCAUCAAGAUCCCUCUGGUGGGAGAGGCCGCUCUCGCUGCGCUGCGCUUCCCCAUUCCCAAGGGCAUCCUGAGGAUCCACUUCAUCGAGGCCCAGGACUUGCUGAUUAAAGACAAGUUACUCGGAGGGCUGAUUAAAGGCAAGUCCGACCCGUACGGAGUCGUCCAGGUCGGGACCCAAGUCUUCCAGAGCAAAAUCAAACACGAGACCAUCAACCCAAAAUGGAAUGAGGUGUACGAGGCCAUGGUGUACGAUCACUCAGGACCCAAUGUGGGCAUCGAGCUGUUUGACGACGACCCUGAUAAAGACGACUUUCUGGGAAGUCUGGUGCUCAACCUGGCCGAGCUCCAGAAGGAACAGACGGUCGACGAGUGGUUUGUUUUGGAGGAAGUGGCCUCAGGGAAGCUGCACCUCAAACUGGAGUGGUUGUCUCCGCUGCCUGCACCUGACCAGCUGGACCAGGCGCUGAUGAACAUCGGUGCUGAUCGCGGUAAAGCCAACGACGGCCUCUCGUCUGCGCUGCUCGUCGUCUUCCUGGAUUCUGCCAGAAACCUGCCGAGCGUCUUCGAGGGGAACUUGGGCUCUGGCUACUUAAAAGAGAGGCGGGCGGCGGGCCUGGUGUUCUGCGAGAACACCGCCUCUCUCUAUAGGACCUUGUUUUCCGGUAAAAAAGUGACCAGUGAUCCCAAUCCAUUAGUCCACUUCAGAGUGGGACACAAAUUCUUCGACAGCAAGAUCAGAUAUAAAACCAAGGAGCCCUUUUGGGAGGAGGCCUUCACCUUCCUCAUUCACAACCCCAGGACCCAACAGCUGGAAGUGGAGGUGAAGGAUACGAAGCACGAAUGUUCCCUGGGGACGGUCACGCUGCCGCUGACUCGCCUCCUGGAGGCCGACGACAUGACGCUGAACCAGCGCUUCCCCCUGAAGAACUCGGGGCCGAGCUGCACCAUCAAGAUGAAGGUGGCUCUGCGGGUGUUGUGCCCGGUGAAGGACACGUCCCCCGCCCCGAACUCCGCCCCGAACUCCGCCCCGAACUCCGCCCCGAACUCUGCCCCGAACUCCGCCCCGAACUCCGCCCCCUCCUCAGUGCCGGUCCCGAAGUCCUCCGGCCAGACGACCCGACCCUCGGCCUCCUCUGACUCGAAGCUUCCCUCCCCCUCCCCCCCUGUAAACCCCCCCUCGGCGUCUCUGUCGGCCCAGGACCUGAUGAACCGGCAGAAGGACCCGGGCGAUUACGUCCGGUCCCCCGGCAGCACGGACUUGGGGCAGGGCGGAGCAGAAAGAGGAGGGCGGAGUCUGGCGGAGUCCGGCAGGAGCAGCUCUAACCUCGCCAUCUCCGGCUCACAGCUGUACCUGGCCGGAGGCAAAGAGCCGACGCCCAGCAUCGCAUCAGACAUCUCCAACCCCUACGCCACGCAGGAGCUGCAGCAGAGGCUCCACCAGCUGCAGAAUGGCUCAGGUCCCAGUUACUUCCCACUUGGUGAGGUCCAGCUCACGGUCAGACACAGCUCGCAGAGGAACAAGCUCAUCGUGGUGGUUCACGGCUGCAGGAACCUGAUAGCCUUCACGGAUCAGGGGUCAGAUCCGUACGUCCGCCUCUACCUGCUUCCUGACAAACGGAGGUCGGGCCGGAGGAAAACUCACACGUUCAAGAAAACCCUGAACCCCGUGUACGAUCAGACGUUUGAGUUCAGCGUCUCCCUCGUGGAGCUCCACAGACGGACCCUGGACGUGGCUGUGAAGAACAGCGGGGGUCUGCUCUCCAAGCACAAAGGCCUUCUGGGAAAGGUUCUGGUGGACUUGACUCAUGAGGACAUCACCAAGAGUUGGACACAAUGGUAUGAGCUGAGUGAAGACGGCCUGGCGAGGCCUCCGCAGCUAUAGACGUCAACAACGAGUCUUCACCACAACAUAUCUCCACCCCUCCGCUCUACAUCACUGCACCAUGUUGUUCCCUCAUCACUUGUAACUGUUAAAAACAAACAAAAGGAAACAGAAGAGCAGCUUUCGAUUUAUUUAAUCUCAUCAGUCGCAAGGCAAACGUCCCCUUUAAGAAGUGCGUGAGUGGCUGAGUAUAUAUGCAACAAGUAGAAAACUAUAUAUGACACAAUAAACAGUAGAACAAUCUAUUUUUUAGUCGUAAAGGUCGAUGAUGCUGAGGUUUGUAAAUAAUGUAAAAUGAUGCUGGAUGAAACGGACGUGGAGAGAAAGACGUCCGAGGUCUCGGACUUGGCCAAAUGAUUGUUUGUAAUUUUAUAUGUUUUCAUGAUUAUUAUUAUUUGUUCUUUUUUUAAUGGCUCAAUAUUCCGAGGCAGAGCGGGGGGGGGGGGGUGCAGGGAGACACGUCACCAAAGAGACAGGAAGCAUUUUAUUUUGGUAACACAACUGUACGCUGGCUUUAUUCCACUUUAAUAACGUGUGUAUUAACCAUGUGAUGAGAACUUUGAAUACACAAAUACCGUGUUAAAUAUGAAGCAAGUUAAUUUAGCUCGACAACAGAGUCUUUUUCAUCAGUUAAUAUACCUGCUGUUACACUGCAAUGAGGCCUAUCUGAUGGUUUUUAAAACUAUUUGCACAUUUGUGUGUGUUUGUGUGUGUUUUUUUUAUCUGGUCGGGGAUCAUCCGUGUUCUUAUCAGCAAUUUGAACAUUUCCUAAAUGAAUUUAGGAUGAAAACAUCAAGUUUAUCAGAUCAUUUCAUCUCAAAUUCAUUAAAUUCAUGUUUUUCUAAAUAUAAAAUUCAAAGAUCUUGAACUGAUGAAUUCGGUAAAGUUAAAUUUGAGGUCGGGUUGUCCUUUUGUUUUGAGGAACAGAAUCCUCCUGCUAUCACCUUCUUAAGUUUAUCAAUUAUUACAUUUAUAUGUCGUUAUGUUGUUUGCUCAUAUGGAACAAUCAAGAAAUCCACCAACUGAUGUUUUUACACUCAUCCCUUUCUCCGUGCUUUAUGCUAAGCUAAGCUAAUCCUGGAUUUUUGUUAAAAAAAUAAAUGAAAACAUGUAUUACUCAAAGUGUGGAAAUAUCACUAUCAUGUCAUUCCUGUAUCACGUUGGACUUUAUCUAAAAUGAAAAGUGCAGAAAACAGCAUUUGUGUUAAAAGUAUAGACUUAGAGCGAUUUUCCCUCGUCUGUUGUUGUGGCUUUUAUUUGAUAAUUAACACUUUUCACUUUUCACCAGACAUCUUUAAACUCGUUGAAGUUUCUGGAGGAUCCUUAAAUCACAAACGUUUUUUUUACCACUUCCUGUUGACAGAGGUCGAUGUGAUCGUCGCUCACAUGUUGUUUACGUCAACAUCGGUCUUAACUCUUCAUCGAGGUUCAUUUUCAACACUGUGUUGUGUCGCAUUUGUUGCGUCGACGCACAAAAUGUGUCGUCUGAAGCAAAAACCACACAGCAGUGAUAAAACAACAUUUCUCUGUUUUCCUGUUUAGUUUUUUUUUAGCUUUGUGUUUGCUUCUUGUUUUUCACAUUUUUGUUUAGUUCUCGGUUGGUUUUGUUUUUUUCUUUAAUGUUUGUUUUCUCGUUUUGUUCACUAUUGUGUGAACAUUUAAUUUGCUUUGUUUGUUUCAUAUUUGUUUUGUGUUGCCUUGUGUACAUACACUUGAAUGAAGGAUUGAUCUGAUUUAUAUCGGUAACAAAGGAUUUGGUUGUGAAUGAGUUUUAGUGUCGAACACCUAAAUGCGUUUGUGUGUCAAUACGCAGCCAAACAGUGAAUGUGUGUUGAUACUGAGGUGGCUGCAGUUUGACCUUUGCCCUUUGAAAAACCAAAUAUUGACCUUUGCCUUGUUCUCAUUCACAUCAGGCAUCAAGAAAGUAUUUCACAUAAAUGUCUGUAACUAUUGUUUAAUGUCUCUCAGUGUUCUCUUCCAGCCGUCGUCCUCUUUGUCGUGUUUUGUGCGUCAGUCUGUGUAUUUUGUGUGUCAGCCAUCGUGUUUGCACACUUUGCCUCCGUGGGUGCAGUGUGUCCUCGUUUAUCUUGUUUAUCUUGUGCCUUAGAAUCCACACGGCCCAGAGAUAUGAACGUGUUUGAAAAGAACCAGCGUGUUUCAGAGCGUCUCCUCAAUGAAAUGAAUAAAGAUCUUCGGCUGCAGCAGCAGGAAGCUGAA